AAAAACGAUGUAGUUGUUUUAUAUUACAAAAUAAACUUGCAUCUAUUCGCUGACAAAGCCAAUGUGAAGUAUCUUGACGUAGUAUAUUUAAGUGUACUGUGCUGUGCAAUGGAACGUCCCUGGCAUAUCAUCGCACUUGUGAUAGCUAACAUCGUCUGCACUCUGGGGAAAAUCACUCACGAGGAAAUAGUGUCGAUGUCCUCAGCGGAGGCGGUGGCCGGGGGUGUGGCCAAGCUACCCUGUGACCUCAGUCCUCCACUCGUGGGAGAUAAGGUCCACCUAGUCAUCUGGUACAAGGAGUCUAUAGAUCUCCCCAUCUACAGCUACGACGUCCGCGGCAAGUCGGCCGAGGGUCCCCGCCAUUGGUCCGAGAACACCGUCCUCGGCAGCAGAGCGUUCUUCCGCACCAACGACGCGCCAGCCAAGCUCACCCUUGAGAGUGUGAAGGAGUCCGACGCGGGUGUCUACCGCUGCCGCAUCGACUUUAAGAAGUCACCAACCAGGAACACCCAGGUCAACCUUACAGUCAUCAUUCCACCAGAUCAAGUAACAAUACUUGAUGAGAAGGGUGAUCACAUUCCGGACUACAUGUUGGGGCCUUACAACGAAGGAUCGUCAAUAGACAUCACCUGUAUAUCUACAGGAGGUCGUCCUGUGCCACGAGUGACGUGGUGGCAAGAGAACGCGUUGCUCGACGACUCGUACGAGGUCCUGGCAGAACGGAGAGUCAAGAAUAUACUGAGUCUAGAGAAGGUGGAGCGAAGACAUCUACACAUGGUCUUCACCUGCCAGGCCUCCAAUAACAAUCUGGUGGCUCCAAUAUCUAAUGCCAUCACUCUAGAUCUCAACUUGCGACCGCUGUGGGCGAAGCUGGUUGGUGACAACAGGCCGCUGUCUUCAGAGCAAACCUACGAGAUCAGCUGUCAAGUGGGUGGUGCCAGGCCUCCCCCUACCAUCACUUGGUACAAGGGUAGUACGCUGCUCAGGAACACCAGGGAGAUGACGACAGGUAACGGCAACAUCACAGUCUCCACCCUGACAUUUUCUCCUGUCAUGGAGGACUCCGGCAAGACCCUCGUAUGUCGCGCCUCCUCUGCUACUAUACCUGGCAGUGAGCUGGAGGACUCCUGGAUCCUCAACAUCUUUCAUGUGCCUUUGGUGACGUUGGAGCUCGGAAGCAAUUUGAACGCUAGCACAAUACGAGAAGGGGUCGAUGUGUACUUUGAGUGUAACAUUAAGUCAAACCCUUGGGUCUACCGGGUCAGUUGGCGGCACAAUGGUGUGACCCUGGUCAACAACGCCAGUGCAGGAACCAUCGUGCAGAACCAGAGUCUGGUGCUGCAGAGCGUGUCCAGGGCGAGGGCCGGGCUGUACACGUGCGUGGGUAGCAACCAGGAGGGCGAUGGCGAGAGCAACCCCGUGCCUCUAGACGUCAAAUUCGCGCCAGUCUGUAAGCCUAACCAGCAGACGGUGGUGGGGGUGGCGCGGCACGAGGUGGCCAAAGUGUUGUGCGAGCUAGAGGCCAACCCUCCAGACAUCUCGUUCACCUGGAGGUUCAACAACAGCGGAGAGACGUGGGACUUGCCCCACAGCCACGUCGCCUCAGAGAAGACCCGCAGCAUCGCCUCGUACACGCCCAGGACCGAGGUGGAGUACGGCACGCUGCUAUGCUGGGGCAGGAACGAGCUGGGUUCUCAGCAGCAUCCAUGUGUCUUCCAUAUCAUACCGGCGGGAAGGCCGGAUCCUUUGGAGAACUGCACGAUACAGAACCAGACUGCAGAUUCGCUGCAUGUGGAGUGUGAUGAAGGCUUCAACGGUGGUCUGCCUCAAGAGUUCGUCAUGGAGGUGUACGAUUCUCAGUCUCAGGUGUUGGUCAGUAACGUGUCCAGCCACGCGAGUGUGUUCCUGGCCUCAGGUCUACCGUCAGGACUAGGCUUUGACAUCAUCGUGUACUCCAUCAACAGCAAGGGCCCAAGUGACGUCACCCACCUCAGUGCGCACACGCUCAAGUCAGCUGCGCGCCGCACGGGCCAGACAGCGAUCCCGGAAGCCAUAGAGCUGACGCCUCUCCUAGGUGUUCUAGGAGGUAUUGUGGUCACCCUCAUAGUGAUCGCUUGUGGCAUCGUGCUAGUGCUGAGACUAAGAGGCAAGGACUGCGAUGAGAAACACAACAAGACAAUCAUGGCUCCUGACCUCAAACGGUCCAACGAGAGCAUGGACAGUCUCGAAAAGAACCCUGAUAUUAUCCCUCAAAACACAGAUUAUCACGAAGACGAACGGGCGUUUGAAAAAUUGAAUUCAAGGCUCUAUCCUUCAAAUCUGAUAACUAUUGAGGGGAGGAGAAAAACAGGGAAAGAGGAGGUGACGUACGCAGAGCUACAGCUAGGGGGCGCAGGUGGCCUGUACGGCCCCAUGGUGACGUCAUCUCGGCCCCCUAUACACGGCGCAGGCGCAGAUGAGCAGACAGUUUACGCGCAGAUAGACGCGUCGCUCUGUCACGUGACCGCCGAGACGCCUCUCAUCAGCCACGCGAGAGAGAGCACGGUAUAGCUUGUAUAUGUGUUGCAUGGUGAGCACGUUGGAGCGUCAAAACCGUGACAUCCGUGGACCUCCCCCGACUGUGAGCGCCACUCGCUUCUGACAGCCCCCGGAGCGGCCCUGGACUACGACGGAGCUGCUCUGAAUAGCUGCCACUAGAGUAGUAACAGUGAUAUCAUGUCUAGGUGAGCACGUUGGAGCGUCAAAACCGUGACAUCCGUGGACCUCCCCCGACUGUGAGCGCCACUCGCUUCUGACAGCCCCCGGAGCGGCCCUGGACUACGAUGGAGCUGCUCUGAAUAGCUGCCACUAGAGUAGUAACAGUGAUAUCAUGUCUAGGUGAGCACGUUGGAGCGUCAAAACCGUGACAUCCGUGGACCUCCCCCGACUGUGAGCGCCACUCGCUUCUGACAGCCCCCGGAGCGGCCCUGGACUACGACGGAGCUGCUCUGAAUAGCUGCCACUAGAGUAGUAACAGUGAUAUCAUGUCUAGGUGAGCACUUUGGAGCGUCAAAACCGUGACAUCCGUGGACCUCCCCCGACUGUGAGCGCCACUCGCUUCUGACAGCCCCCGGAGCGGCCCUGGACUACGACGGAGCUGCUCUGAAUAGCUGCCACUAGAGUAGUAACAGUGAUAUAAUGUCUAGGUGAGCACUUUGGAGCGUCAAAACCGUGACAUCCGUGGACCUCCCCCGACUGUGAGCGCCACUCGCUUCUGACAGCCCCCGGAGCGGCCCUGGACUACGACGGAGCUGCUCUGAAUAGCUGCCACUAGAGUAGUAACAGUGAU